UUGGCCAAUGUUGUGAAAGUGAUGGCAGAAGACAGGAAAGAGUGGGAGGGCAAAGUCUUCAUCUCAGAGCUUUUUUCCCACCUUCCACCACUGGCAACUACUUCCUGUGUCAUAGAGGACUCAGGUAAUGCAACCCCACGUGUCAUCCGCUCCACCACGUACCGUGUUCCCUGUGAAGCUCAGAAUGCCACGCUCAGCCAUCUGCCACUUGGAGUCCUGGUCACCCCUUUUGCCAAACAAUCUCGUCAAGAGAAGCCGAUGCCACUUUGCAAAGAUGCAGAGUGUUUGAAGGGCUGUGGUUGGUGUGGAGCCUUCAUGAGUCCCGCCAUGUCCUGGCAGGACUGUGGUCAGAGGUUUUACUGUCCCUUCUGUGGUCAACUCAGCGAAGUGUCGUGGCAACACUACCAACCCAAUAAAGGUGUGGAGGAGGUUCAGCUUGAUAAAGAUAAGAAGCCUGAGCUUAAUAUGGGAUCAUAUGAAAUCCUCAACCCACAGAAAGAUGAACCUGCAGCCUUAAUUCUAGCCAUAGACGUGUCUCCCUCAGCGCUGAGAGCAGGACAUCUGGCAUUUGUGACGCAACAACUACGCUCUUUACUUACCUCUCUGAUCGGGACAGAUGAUGCUGCCUGGUCAAACGUCCGUGUUGGUUUGAUAACCUACGACAGCAGGAUCCACCUGUAUGACCUCAGUCCCACCCUGUUCUGUCCUCACAUGCUGGUCAUCACAGACACGAAGGACCUGCAGCUUCCUGUGACGGAGGGGCUUCUUGUAUCACUCAGACACUGCAUAGACAGUGUUGGCAGUCUGUUGCAGCUUAUUCCUAAGUUCAGUCCAGAGUUCGAUGACGUCCGUGCAGUUCCUCUGGAGCUCACCGUUAAAGCGGCGUUAGAUCUACUGCAGCCUCUGAGUUGUCCUGGAAAGUUGUUGAUUUUCCAUGCAGCUCCUUUGAUAGAGGGGACACACAGACAGUCCUCUUCAGGACUGUUUGGCUCCAACACCCCAAAGUCUAUCUUUCAGCCUUCAGACGCUGCUGUCUCAUUGGCCAAAGAGUGCAUCAGUCAAGGAUGUAGUGUGAAUCUGUUUGUCCUGUGUCAGCAAGAUGUGGGCGGAGCUUGGCCUGGGGACAUUCCAUAUCUGACAGGUGGCGCUCUUUACACCUACAGCCACCUCCAGGGAGAAUUAGACAAGGAAGGCUUCAGCAGUGAUCUGAAGAGGACAUUGGAGAUGGACACAGCUUACAAGGUUGAGCUCAGGAUUUUUGUCAGCAAAGGUUUGCAUGUGUCCGGCUGUUAUGGGAUGUUCGUCCCUGGGCUGAGUCCUGCUCUGGUCACCAUGGCAACACUUGAUCGGCAGACCACAAUGGCUUUGGAGUUCUCACACACCAGAGCUCUGGAUGAAACAAGCGGUGCAGUCAUCCAGGCUGUUUUAAUUUAUAGUACCCAGGCAGGGGAAAGGAGGACACGGGUUCACACUCUGAGCUUGCGAUGCUCACGCCAGCUACAGGACACUUUCAGACACUGCCAGGCCCAAACACUACUUGCCUUUUACUGCAAAAAGAUGUACUGUGCAGUGUUGGAGCGCCCUCUACAGGAGCUGAGAGAAGAACUUCAGAUGGAAAUAACGGAACUGUUAGCGUCAUACCGCAAACACUGCUGCUGUGCUUCUGUGUCUGCUGGACAGCUGGUCCUCCCUCAGUUCCUGCGAGCUCUUCCGGUCUACAUCAACAGCCUGAGGAAGAGUGAGGUGCUGUUGCCAGGUCUGAGGAGCUCCAUCCACCAGCGGCUACAGCAGCGCUGUCAGGCGCUCAGCAUGAACCCCAGCAACACCGCCACACUCUUCUACCCUCUGCUGCUGCCUCUGCCAUUGGACGGAUCCAGUCCUCCAAAUCCAGAGGAAGUGCAGCGCUGCACAGCCGUCAGCCUGGACUCCAGAGGUCUUUAUCUGGUGCACACACCCCUCACCCUGCUGCUGUGGGUCGGUGCUAAUGUCCCAGCAUGCACUCUGAUGGAGCUCUUCAACACCAGCUGCUUCUCCUCCCUGCUGUCUGGAGAGUUCAAGCUGCCUGAGCUGGAAAACACUCUGUCCAUAAAUGUCAGGUCUCUCAUCAACACACUGAACUCAGAAGCAAAAUGUGCCCGCAAGCUGUGGGUGGUAAAGCAGGGAGACACUUGUAAGGACAUCCUACAGUGCCAUCUGGUGGAGGACAAGAGCCCGAAUGGAGGUGCGUCCUACGCGGACUUCCUGUACCACGUCCAUGUCACCUCUGUCAGGCUGCUGCAGUGAUCGGAGCGAUGUUCUGACUGCUGACAUUUGAGUUGACGACACUGCAGCCCAUUUGGCUUAAAAAACAGAAAAA